AUGACUUCUACAGUCACCACAAAAUUCCAGACCGCUGUACCCUUCGCACUUCUUUCAAUUUCACCCAGUCUUGCUUCCCUUCAUGCUUCUCGAGCACGUUCUCUCUACCCAGAAGAGUCUGAUUCUUCAUUCGCCAUGAAUUGUCUGCGGUGUGGUUCAUAUCUGUUGGCCGCCGAUGGCUCUGUAGAACUCCGCAGACCAAGAAAAAGGAGAAAGGUUGCUGACAAUAAAUCAAACGCCAUAAAGACUACUUGUCAUCGUUGUGGCUUCAUUUCCUAUACUUCAUUUGAUAAAAGAGAGACAUUCCCUCGGUCAAAGCCUGCCACUGGAGCCGAACUAUCAUUACCAUCGUCGGUGCUUUCAGCGCCCGUUUCAUCUCAGUCAGAACGCAAACCGAAAAAUGAAUUGAUACCGCCUUCGUCACGUUCUUCCGUGCCAGUUGGUUUAUCCCCUGUGGCACAUUUAACACGAGGAACUACACCUGACUUGUACACGAAACCCAAAAAGAAGACAACGGUAUUGCAGGAGAUGCUGGCUCGUAAUCGAGAGAAAGAGGCUUCCCCUGAUGGAUUUCAGCGGAUGUGUAUGUCCUUCCUCAUGCUCGGGCUUGAGCGCACUUGGAUGAAGCGGUUGGGUAAUCAGGAAAUUCAGAAGAUCGCUCCUCCGAUGAUGGUAGACAACGUAUUGGAAGCUCACGCUGAAACAAUACGUGAACAGCGAUUGUGCAUGGUAUUUGACCUUUUCAACUACUGUAGUGCCCGGUUCAUUGAUCUGAAGCGUGCGCACGGAGUACUUGUACAGCUCUGGCACGAACAUACAGUAGCUUCCCUUGCAAUGGAGAGAAAUAGCUCAACGAUAUCAACAAAUUCGCUCCGCGGCCUCUCUGAAAAUCCACCAUCCGUCAGUCAGCACUGACGCAAUCAACUUCCGCUUUUUGUUGUGCUCCUAUAAGUAACAUUUUCUUCAUCACUAUGAUGAAGUCUCAGAUAUUUUGGGAAAUUUGUGCCGACGAUCAGGAUCCGAGGAGAAGGGGGGAGGAUCACUGACGCAAGGCAUGAAUGCAUAUGUGACCGAAUUGCUUGCAUCUGUUCUGGAAGUCAGAAUCGGCCUCUCACCCUCUGCAUCACUGCUCACCUGUCUCUUUCUGCUGCCUCGUGCCCACGCUGUGUCACUCAGGCCGAUUCUCAGCCAAUC